AUGGGCAACAGUAAAAGCAGUGCUCUGCCCAAGGAAUUCCUGGAGGAACUCAAACUGAACACCAAGUACAGUGAAGAGGAGCUGUGUACUUGUUACCAGACCUUCUUGAAGGAGUGCCCAAGUGGCAGGAUCAGCACGGAGCAGUUUGAGAGCAUCUACGCCAGCUUUUUUCCUGACGCCGACCCAAAAGCUUAUGCACAGCAUGUCUUUAGGAGCUUCGACUCCAACAGUGAUGGUACUCUGGAUUUCAAAGAAUUCAUUGUGGCACUGCAUCUGACGUCAUCAGGGCGGACUAUGCAGAAGCUGGAGUGGGCGUUCGCACUGUACGAUGUUGAUAGGAAUGGCAUCGUAAGCAAAAACGAAAUCCAGGAAAUUGUGACAUCGAUAUUCAAUAUGAUAUCUGAAGAAGAUCAAAAGAACCUUCCAGAUGAAGAAAAUACACCAGGAAAAAGAGCAGAUAAGAUAUGGGAUUUAUUUGGAAAAAAAGAAAAUGAUAAAAUAUCCGAAGGUGAGUUUAUUCAGGGAGUCUUGGACAAUAAUGAAAUUCUGAGGCUGAUCCAGUUUGACAAACCACAGAAAGUCCAACAGAGGCUAAAGGAAAAGAAGCAAUAGUUUCUGGAAACAUUGUUUUAAGUGCAUCGAUGUUUUUUCUAUGGUUUAUAUUUGGACUGUUUGCAUACUUUGCUGAUCUGUUCAUCAUCUUACUGUACUUCUUAGAUUAGAUACUUAAUAAUCCCCUACUCUAUGGAGUCUCUGAUCUUAUUAAUAAACAUUCUGCCACUCUUACAAGCUUACACUCAUUAUGUUUUGUAGUGCUGUCCGAUGCUUUUUCGAAUUUCUGUCGUCAUUGCUUUGUACUAGAUCUGCUGUUCCCUGUCAGUUAUAUACUUUGUACCAUCCAAGCAACUAAAACAAUGAAUACACAACUGAAAAACAUGACAUGGUAUGAGGAAAAUAAUCAGCGAUUAGUGAUCAACACGAGUCCCCAACACUAUAAAGUUCGGCAAGAGGCUGCAUAUAAGACUCUCAAUAUGUUCCAAUUUCUAGAAUUUCCCCCUAAACAAUAAGGAUCUCACAAGAAAGGUCAGCUGUGAUUUACACAUCAUUGCAACCCUUUAUAGCACUGAUUUGCAGAUUUAGACUGAGUGGAAAUUUAAAACCAUGCAGCUGAUGCAGUUUAGUCAGCAGUAAUGACAUUGUUAAGCAGCAUUAGCAUUAGCAUUAGCAGACAUGACAAAACUCUUCUUCUUAAAAGCAGACACAAGUUGCAGUACAAAACUAUACAAAAACAGUUUUGUUCCAGCAGCCAUCACACAAAUUAAUGUUUCAGUUAUAGUAAAUUUUAUUUUAUUUAAACUGUAUGUUAUAUUUAUUAUGUUAUAUUUUCUUCUUGCCUGUUUUGUAAGAUGAAUGAGGUGUGAUAGGUGUCUGUAACAUGUGUGUCUAUGGAUGAGGACUAUUCACUGCAAAUCAAAUCUGCCUACAUGUACAAAUGAAGUAAUCCGACAUCAAAAAUCAAAUUUCAUUUCUAUAAGUUGUCUUAUCUCCGAGACGUUAAA